AUGGAAGUCGACUCUGCCUCCCCGCAGGACUCGGCUCUCGAUGACAAGAAAACCCCGGUCAUCAGAGGGGCCCGAGCCUGCACCGUCUGCCGCACUGCCAAGAUGAAGUGUGUUGGCGCGGACGAGAGUGGGAAACCUUGCGACCGUUGCAGGAGGCAGAACCUCGACUGUAUAUUCGAAAAGCAUCGCCGCGGCCGUAAGCCGGGUUCAAAGCUCUCUGAAGCCUCCAAGAUGCUCCGCCGCCUCGAGAAAGGUCUCAGUUCCGCCAAAGCGAAGGGUGCCGCGCUGCAUGAUCAGACUGAUACGCAGAGCGCCGACGGCUCUGCAUCUGGUCGCAGCCCUUACUCUUCGGGUCCCUUUCCCAACAAUGAUCUCCCUCCACUCAAGUUGCCUGCGAACUACGGCGACAACGCGCACGACCCACACUACAAUGGGGGAUCAGACGACGAGGACGAGGAGAACCCAUCGGCUGCGCCCGCGAAACUCAUCAGCAAAGAGAAUCAACGCCAGCCAUUCCUCAAGACUAUCCUCAACCCUGAGCAGGAGUCUCCAGCGGCGAGCUACCGUGCACCUGCGACCCCGGCGAACUCGCGUAUGAGCGCUUUUAGCUGGACAACACCCCCUCCUGCUCCCGAACAGCCUGCCAUCCGCGACCCUGUUAGCGCUGGCAUCAUUGAUGAAGCUUACGCGAAGGUCUUGUUUGAUCUCGUCUUCCUGCGACUGAAUCCAUUCAUCUGUCUCUUUGACCCCGCCCUACACUCGGUCACCUACGUUCGGUCGCGCUCGCCAUUCUUGUUCACGGUCAUCCUUAUGGCCGGCUGCAAGUUCUUCAAGCCAGAGGCGUUUCGUCAAUGCCAGAAGAUGGCGAACGAAUUGGCAACGCGCGCUUUCGCUGAGAAUUGGAAGUCCGUCGAAGUUGUACAAGCCUUCGCGUGCCUUUGCUAUUGGAAGGAGCCUGAGGAUACGCGCACCUGGACGUACAUUGGAUACGCUUGUCGAAUGGCUAUCGAGCUCGGACUCAAUCGCUAUCAUGCGAACCCCCCUCCCGGCGAGAACGAGUAUCAGUUGCGCGAGCGUCGCAACCGCGAGCGCACGUAUCUCGUCCUCUUCGUACACGACCGCUCUCUCGCUACGCAAACGGGCCGAGCAUGGAUGCUUCCCGAAGACGAAAUAGUUCGCAACGCGCACCACUGGCACGAGCAUGGCGGAGGCGACAUCCGGCCCGAGGACGUCAUUGUGUCCGCGUUUGUGCAGCUGCGCUGCAUUACGGCUGAAACAACGGAGGUUUUCCACAUGCACAACAACUCAAGCGAGCACGGCGAUCUCGACCGCGCAGUGCUCCUGCGGAAUUGCAACGGCAAACUCACGCAAUGGAUGGGCGUCUGGGAGACCGAGAUGCAGCGCGCCAACGGCGAGCGCUUUCACAUGGAAUUCCUCAAGUUCUUCAGGCUAUACGUGCGCUUAUUCUUGAACUCCUUCGGGAUUCAAGGUUCGCUUGCCAACCAAACCCGCGCCGCUCCGAGCGUGCAAGCGCUCUCGAUGUGCUACACGUCUGCCAUCGAGAAUCUGCAGAUCGUGUAUCAGGAAUUCGCGAAGAUGAACAUGCUGCGGUAUUGUCAAGACUCGAUCACAGUGAUGACUGCCUAUUGCGCCGUAUUCUUGCUUCGCCUUUUGCGCAGCUCUACUAUGCUCGCAGGCCUGCACGAGAAUGCGGCGGACGAGAUUCACAAGAUCAUCAGCCUUACAGCAGAUGCAUACGAGGAAGCAGCUGCCUUCUCGUCAGCCUGCACAGGUGCUGCUUAUCAUGCUCGCUUCCUGCGCGGAUUGGUCGCCCAGGACAUCUUCAAGGCGCGGCAAUCCAAUGGCCAAGCGCUCCCCGGUUCUCGAUCGUCGCCCCCUGGUGGCCUGCCCUCGCCUUCUCCUUCGAACAACUCGGGUCCAUCGUACUUGGCACGCCCAACUCAGAUGGUUCCAUCGCAGAACGGGCAGGUCGCUACCCACACGCCGGUACAGCAGCCCCAGGCACCGCAGCCACAGCACAUGGGCAUGGUUCCAACGCCGAUCUCGAGCUACGGGCCCAUGACCUAUGCGCUUCCUCAGGACGGCAAUGCGCUCGCUCAGUCUCAUCCGCACUCUUACGGUGUCCCUCAGAGCUCUGCCGCGGAUGCUCAACAACAGCAGUACGCGCCACCAACACCUGCUGGGGCUGAUCUCCGCUACUGGGACCAGAUGUUCCGCGACAUCGGAUGUGGAGCGACAGGGUAUGAGCAGCAGCAGCAGCAACCUGAUGCGUAUGGUGCAGGGUAUGGCGCACCGAUGCCCAUGGCAGCGUACCCUCACCAAUACGUUCAGGGCGAGGCGGUUGCUUACCAGACCGGUUGA